AUGUCAAUAUUAUCAGAUGGAUCUAUUGAUUCUGGUAUAGUAGAGCAAGAAGCUGUGUAUAUCAGAUAUGUUAACAAGAAAGGUCGGUCAGUUUGUCAUUUUGUGGAUAUUGUUGCCUUGGAAUAUGCUUAUGCAGAUGGAAUUUUACAUGCAAUCGAUCAGAGUCUUCUUGGGAUUGGCAUAACGAAGACAACUCUCGAACAAAAACUGGUAGGAUGCAAUUUCGAUGGUGCAUCAGUGAUGCUUGGCUCAAAAACGGGAGUUGCAACUCAACUAAAUGAGAGAGUCAAUCAAAACAUUGUCAUCAUUCAUUGUGUUGCACAUAAUUUAGAACUUGGAGUUGGAGAUGCCAUUAAAAGUGUCCCUUAUCUUCAAUCUUUUAUGAACAGUGUGUCCCAGAUCUUUCGAUUUUACUAUUACUCUCCGAAAAAAAGGAGGGAACUUCAUGGUUUUGCUGACAUCUUUGAGGAACAGGCUGUCUACUACAGCAGUGGCUCUCAGAAAACCAGAUGGGUUGCCAGUAGACACAGAGCUUUGUUGGCAUUACAGAAAAACUUUGCUAUCACUGUAAACAACCCUCAAAGCUGCGACCACUUUAGGCGCCAUGGCGAUUAAAGUUUUGGUACUGGCGACUUGAUUCGGAAAAUAGUCGCCAAGUUGGCGACCAGACGAAAACUGAAGAAACGAAAAAGAUGAUCAAUUGUCUGAAUUGUACUGAAAUGAUUAAGGUCCUCUGCUGAUAUCCCAGAGGGGGGAAAUUAGAAGAUCUCGUCGAUAUUCAUUCAAACAAACGUUUACUUCGCUAAGAUUUCUACUAAAAUAUUGUUCUGCUCCAAUGAGCACAGGUCCGUUGCCUAGCACGUGACAUAUUUUUAACCUUGUAACGCGUGACAAGCAGCACGCAAUCGAUUUGUUUUUCAUAAUUUUCUCUCGGAAACCGCGUGUGCGGCUAGACUGGGAAGACUACAACGCAAAUAAAUAUCUAUUUUGGAGGUUAAAAUAAAUGGAAAAGCAGAAAGAUUAAGUCGGCAUGGAACAUUUUAAGAUAAAUUUGAGAAACAUGAAAUGUUGAAUCGUUUUUUAUAUAUAGAAUAAAAAGCGACCAUUUGCAGACCAACACAACAUCAUCAUCAGAAGAAACUAAACUUCACGAAAAACAAUUUUCUUAAACGUCUUAACCAAAAGUAAAGCAAAAGGUAUUUAUUGCAAUCUCCCAAGCGGUAUUUUUGUUUGGGUUUUUUUGGCUGAUAGAAAACUAUAAGGUUGAUUUAUAGAUCACGCCGUCUUUUCCGGCUGCGUCGUUGAGGCAAUUUUUGUUUCAUAGGACAGAUGUAAAGAAAUUCUCAAUGUGCGAUUUCAUUAGUAAAAUACUGAAAGAAGACUAGCUUUAAACUAGUUUUAGCUCAACAUUUUGUUAGUCUUGUACGUCCUAGUACUUUUCGCCAGUGUUAAAAAGAAUGUUUACGGGAAAAUAUGAGACACUGUCACAGUACUUACGCAAUUAAUUUUCACGUGCACGAUUUCAAACAUGUUACACUCCUGUCGGCCGUUUUCCUAGCUAAUCCUCACUGUGUGUUCCUUGUCUUUGCAAUCCUUUUCGUUUCAAAGUUGUCAGGCUUUAACGAUGUCCAGCGAAAUUACAGACGAUCUGUUGACUCUUCAAAAAAACUUGAAGGUGGGAGAUCUGUCAUCCAGACAUCUUGCCGAAGAGAUGAGAAAAAAAUAUGAGAGUAAAAUUGAUCAAUUUUCGAGUUGCGACGUGGAACUACUAAACGCGUUAGCGGAAGACCAGUUGAGUUCUGCUUUAAUCCCAAGUGAAGAAAAAGGACUGAAGGCGUUACAAACAACUGGUGAUGGAAAUUGCCUAUACAAUUCCGCCUCGGUGUUGAUUGAAGGAGAUCAAUCUGCGAAUCUUAUUCUCAGACUGUUGACCCAGUGGAACUGUAUCUUAACCCUGACUAUUAUGCAGAGCACCCAAAACUCGCCGAUGGUAGAAGCUCCGGGUUUUCCGAUACAACUAUUUUUACACUGUUGUUAAGUGAUAGUGCUCAAAAACAAUUUGAAAGGCAAGCGUCCCGAGUAGAUGCAGUUCAAGCUCAGGCCAUUAUCACUUGCAAAGAGAAGAAAUAUGGCACUUUAUUAAAUAUGAUGGCAUUAGCUACUGUACUUAACCAGCCUUUGAUGUCACAGUACCCGAAGUUCAAAAAUACCUCUCGCAUUCAUCCACUUAUGAGCGGCGUUAUUAAACCCCGUGGCAUGGUAGAAGGAAAAGAUGAAAGUGGGUCCACAGUGUUCCGGCUGUUGUGGACAAGAGAUGGCAAUUUUGACAACCGGCCAGGUGCAGUGUUCCAACCCAACCACUUUGUCCCCGUCAUCCAGUGCCAAAGUGCCCCAAGGCCUCCAACCUUAAUGAGCCGCGCACUACCAACCCAAAAAGACAGGACCCCACUGGUAGGAAAGUCAAGAGCCAUUUCAUCUUUCUUUAAACCCACAUCCAAAGCAAGUGCCACCAAGAGAACCGCUACCGAAGCUGUCGUAAACUCCAACGAGAGUAGCUGCUGUGCGAAAGUACCCAAGGCCUCUUCUGUAACCAGAAAGUUUCAAGAUUCUUGGAAAAACGAGUUUCCAUGGGUGAUCUAUGACCCUGGGGCGAACACAAUGUUCUGCGAUUUGUUUUGCAAAGCUGGCUCAAAAAUUGCUGGUAAAACUGAAUUUGUCACUGGCUCAAAGACAAUAAAAAAGGAGACACUCAAAAAGCACGGUGAGAGCCAUGGCCAUCUACGCGCACAGGAUUUUGUGAUCAACGAACAGAAACCACUCACAAAAAGACCAAUAUUCAAAGGGCUUAAGAAGGCAGCUGAGAAGAUAGAUGAGCAGGCCUACAAAGAAAUGUCAGUGAAAAUGAAUACUGCAUACUUCAUUGCAAAAGAAGAACUUCCUUUCACUAAGUUCCCGGGCCUUCUUCAGCUUUAGCAGAAGAACAGGAUUCAAAGAACCAACACCUAUUCAAAUGACAUAAAGUGUGCAGAAAUGGUUGCAACAGUGGGCACACUGAUAAAAGAGGAAAUUGCUGAAAACCUUCGAAAUGAAGUGCGUUACAUUUCAGUCAUGAUCGAUGGAGCCACAGAUGCCUCCAGCACCGAAAACAAAACUGUGUAUGCGAGGUGUUUGGGUACUGAUGGCCGACCAGUCAAUCGCAUGGUAGGACACAAACCUGUAGAGCAUGCCCACGCUGAUGGUAAGCUUUAACCUACACUGCACAUUUAUUAGUGACCUAACAAAAAAGAAGCUAUCGAGUUGUCAACAUUUUUCUUCGACAUAAUUAAUAUUCUUGGACAAAAAAAUCAGAACUAUUAAAGUCUCUGCUAAAUUCCUGGCAACCAUUUUUGUGAUACUGCUUAGUUUCACAUUCUUUUUUUGUGAUUGAUGUUUAAAAGCUUACCGGUGUAUUAACGAUAAAACUUUUGACACUUUUUGUUUAAUUUUCGCAGGUCUUCUUCAAGUUGUUGACAACUGCUUUUCGGACCUUGGAGUGAAGGAGUGGAAAAAGAGCACAAUAGGGUUUGGUGCAGAUGGCGCGUCAGUGAAUCUGGGAAAGCGACGAGGUGUUGCAUCAUUACUCAAACGUGAAGUCCACCACCUCAUUGACAUCCACUGUCUUCCCCAUCCCCACCCUUAAAUCAUGAAGAUUGCUGUUUAUGUGAGUGAAAGACACUGUUUAGUGAAGAGAGCCUUUCUUUUAGUCAUUGAUAUAAUUGGCCAUUUCAAAGUCUGUAUAAUUGAAGUUUCAAAUAGAGCAGCUACUUACUGAGUACUCACAAUGAGAACAUGUUUUCUUACUGUAAUUAUGAGUUUAAUUUAAUAAGACUACAGCUUAAGAGCUGUUUUACUUUUUUUCGCGGGAUAAUUUUUUGGAAUUUUCAAUGAAUUGUAAUUGCCAGUGAAACCGAUUUGGAAGUUUUAAUAGAAGAAUAAGUUUGGUUUAUGUUAGAUUUCUGAGAUUAGAUUUCUUUUACACGGUCAUUUGACGUGGUAAAUAUUGUCGAAAAUCCGUUGCCAUUUUCGAUACAUUAGAUGCAGUUCACUAAUUUCAGGACAAUUUUUAUGCUGGAAUUUUGCUCAUGGCCUCAAUGAACUCGGUCACAAAGGCAGUAUUUUGCAAGAUAUCUUCUCUGUUUAGAAGCAAAUAAAAGCAGUGUUACUCGACAUGGAUUAUAAGUUACCCUAUACACUUGUGAAUACGGUAAAACAUUGUCUUGGCUAAACAAUACCAUUUUUAAGCCCAAAUAAAUUAUUAACCAAUUAUUAAAACUUUAUUAUUAACAUAUAUUUUGGUGCCUACAAAUUUCCUUUGGCGACUAAACCUAAAGAGUUGGUCGCCAAAUGGCCACCAAAAGAAAAAUUUAACUUUGAGGGUUGGUAAAGCACCUUGAACAUGUGGCUACAGGGACUGGUGAGGAUGCAGCAAAAGCUAGAGGCAUGGUGAAAGCAAUCAAGACCGAAAAGUUUGUGACAUUUUUGUACUUUCUCCUUGAUGUUACCAAAGUUCUGAGAGAAUUAAGUCUACAGUUUCAAAGUGAUGAUCUGUUCAUUACUGAAGUCAGCACCAAGUUGGAGACAGCUCUAACAAAACUGGAAGGCCUCAAGGAUUCUGAUCCAUUGCCCAUAACAGCAACUUUCCAAGCCAAGUUCCAGUCAAACUAUAAUUUUGAGAGUGGCCUCUUCAAAUGUGGAAAGGACAGUAAUCUUGAUGUUGUACUGAACAAAGGAAAUGCGAUGGGGAUGCAACAAACAUUUUCUAACUUUCUAACUGAUGCGAUUGCCUACAUUGAGAAGAGAUUUUCCAGCCUGUCUAAGCCCCCAAUGAAUUACUUUGAAGUAUUUGAUCCUACCAAAGUGCCAGGGGAGAGAAAGCUGAGAGCCAAUUUUGGCAAUGACAAAGUAGCUGCAUUAACUGAUCACUUUAAAAACUUGUUGUCUGAUGGUGAAAAGGAAGUUGCUGUUUUUCAGUGGCAGGAGUUGAAGAUUUACCUCUUCAAUCACCAAGCAAUGAAACCCCUUGAUAUCUAUGCCACCUUAUUAUCGUCUAGGCCAGAUAGCCUGAAGCAUAUUCUUGUCAUAGUUGAACUGAUGCUAAGCCUCUCCCCUUCCACUGCCAAAUGCGAGAGGUGCUUUUCGGCUAUGAACAGGAUAAAAACAAAUUUGAAGACUCGAAUGGAGCAGAGAACCUUGUCAGAUCUGCUUAGGAUCAAGGGAAUGGACUGUGAAAUGAAAGACUUUGACCCUAGCCCAGCAAUUGAAGCGUGA